AGCAGUAGCAAGUUAUCCAUCGUCUGGUAACUAGCAGAAUCACACCGAAGACUGCUUCAUAUAACGAAUCUGAUCACCAUUCUUUCAUUCAGAACGGAUCUAGACUUUUCUUCUUUUUUCUCAUUUUUACAAACGGGAUACAAUUUAACCUACCCUUGUCGCGUAAGAUCAAUAGCAGGUGAUCAUCUCGUGAGCCAAGGAGGCAUUACUGCACAACCUAUACUGGCUGUUAGGACGUCAUGACAGCCGAAAAGACUAUUCCGAUUAUAAAUGGAAAACCAGACGAUACAAUGGACGCUGAAGCUUCGAAUACCAACCUUGUACGCAGCAACGACAAAAAAGUGGUGAACGAAAGGGGACAGUGGAACAAUAAGAUUGAGUUUGUGCUGUCAGUCGCUGGAGAGAUUAUCGGUCUUGGCAACGUUUGGAGGUUUCCAUAUCUUUGUUACAAGAAUGGAGGAGGUGCAUUUUUUGUGCCCUAUGUCAUCUUCUUCGUCUGCUGUGGGAUUCCUGUGUUCUUCUUGGAGACAGCACUCGGCCAGUUCACCAGUGAGGGUGGAAUCACAUGUUGGCGAAAAGUAUGUCCGCUCUUUGAAGGUAUUGGCUAUGCGACUCAAGUGAUUGAGGCUCACCUGAAUGUGUAUUAUGUGGUUAUUUUGGCGUGGGCUAUCUUCUACCUGUUCAACUGCUUCACAACAGAGCUACCGUGGGCCUCCUGUGGCCAUUACUGGAACACAGAAAACUGUGUGGAUUUCAACAAUGCUAGCAUUGCAAACCUCACCAAUCCCUAUGCCACCUCACCAGUCAUGGAAUUUUGGGAACGCCGUGUCCUUAGCAUAUCUGGUGGAAUUGAACAGGUGGGGAAGCUUCGCUGGGAACUUGCUCUGUGUCUUCUUGUGGCUUGGAUCAUUUGUUAUUUCUGCAUAUGGAAAGGCCCGAAGUCAACUGGCAAGGUGGUAUAUGUCACUGCAACCUUCCCAUAUUUCAUGCUGGUAAUCCUGCUUAUUCGAGGGAUCACACUGCCUGGUGCAGCAGAUGGGAUUAAGUUCUACCUUUACCCUGACAUCUCUCGGCUUUCGGACCCACAGGUGUGGGUGGAUGCUGGAACUCAGAUCUUUUUUUCCUAUGCCAUCUGUCUGGGUUGUCUGACUGCUCUUGGUAGUUACAACAGCUACAACAAUAACUGCUACAGGGAUUGCAUCAUGCUGUGCUGCUUGAACAGUGGCACAAGCUUCGUAGCAGGCUUUGCAAUCUUCUCUGUCUUGGGAUUCAUGGCCUAUGAACAGAAUGUGCCGAUCGAGGUUGUGGCAGAGUCGGGCCCUGGUCUUGCGUUCAUUGCAUACCCUAAAGCUGUGACCAUGAUGCCUUGGUCUCCAUUGUGGGCCUGCCUCUUCUUCAUGAUGCUCAUCUUUCUGGGGCUGGACAGUCAGUUUGUGUGUGUGGAGAGCCUUGUGACUGCAGUGGUGGACAUGUACCCAAAAACCUUCAGAGUGGGCUAUCGCCGAGAAAUUCUCAUCUUAGGAAUGUCUGUGGCUUCGUUUAUAAUGGGUCUAACCAUGUUGACAGAGGGUGGAAUGUAUGUGUUCCAGUUGUUUGACUACUAUGCUGCUAGUGGUAUGUGUUUGCUGUUUGUGGCCAUCUUUGAGUCCAUCUGCAUUGGCUGGAUCUAUGGCAGUGACAAGUUUUAUUUGAACAUUGAGGACAUGAUUGGUUACAAGCCCAUAUUUUUCAUCAAGUGGUGUUGGAAGCUCCUUACCCCCGGCAUCUGUACUGGGAUAUUCCUCUUCUUCUUGAUCAAGUACAAGCCUCUGAAAUAUAACAAUGUGUACACAUAUCCAGACUGGGGCUAUGGUAUUGGGUGGACGAUGGCCUUAUCCUCGAUGAUCUGUAUCCCUCUGGGUAUUGCAGUCCAGAUAUGGAAAGCAGAAGGAACCAUUUUGGAGAGAAUCAAGAAGCUGACCACCCCUAGCCCCGAUCUGAGGAUGAGGGGGCAGCUCGGUGCCAAGAGUCCCUAUGCUAUAAAUGAUGGUGAUGCCAAAUUGAAGUCUGAUGGCAAGAUCUCCACCAUUACAGAGAAGGAGACACAUUUCUAAACCAGUACCUACCAAGACACGUCCAUGACCACCAAGAAAGAAAAGAAAAAUGAACUUAAUGUUUGCCUUUAUUUUUGGAGAGAGAAAAUUAUCAUAUUCUUAGUCUUGCCCUUUUGCACAAAUGAUUAACACAUCCAUCACAUUAACAUCAUCACUUAAAAUAUGUUUUAUUUUGGAAUAUAUAUUGAAAUUUAGGCUGUUAAAGGUGAUCUUGUACUUUGUUGCUGUUUGUGAUACUAGCGAUUACUGUACUUAGACUGAAGCCAAGGUAAAAUGUACUGUAAAAUGUUUCUGCAUUUUGUUUCUUGGCAACAGCAUUAUUUUGUAGAGAAUGUUUCUAAUGUGUAGGAGAACCACUUUGGACCAUUCCAAAUUUUACAGGUAUGCUAGUGGAAGAUGCUUGAUUUAAUGAGGCCAAGAGUGGGUGAAUAUUAACCCUGGUUAUGGUAUGCUCCUCUGUCCUUUGGCUAGCACUGCCUCGCAGGGCGAGCGUGACUCAGCAAACCCAUUAUCCAUGGUGUUGUCUUAUAUGGCACGGGGUUUGCCGCCAUUUCACAGCGAUUAAACUGAGUUUAAUCGAAGGUGACAGACGAAACGCAGAUCAUCACUUUUGCUUUUUGGUCUUAUUUGGUUGUACAGAGAGCCAUUUUCACACUCACAUGCGUUGUCCUUUUGCUGUUAUUUUGUAGUGGUGACUUCACACAUUUGCAGUGUUAUAACAGCAGUCCACAGAUAAGCUUGUGGCCCAGGGAUGGUGGUAGAGUUUUGUUUUUUCCUUUAAGUGCCAAUAAAGGUCAGGGCCUUAAGACAGGGAACAGCCAUGUGUAGGAGGAAUGUAACUGGAAUAUGCAGUAGAUGGGAUUAAACCAUACUUUACUGAACUGGCUACCACUAGCAGCUUUGAUACAAAAAUAAUUUACUACUUUUUGUUUACCCUAUACCAUCUUUAUUGAGGAACUGGAGGGUAAAACUGCACUGUUUACCAUUAGACUGACAAAACAUAGUAAAUAGAAUUACAUGAUACGUACAUGAUUGUUAAUGCAUCUAGUUUAUUUUUCCUCAUUUUGCAGACUAAUACCAGAGUAAUCCCAGUGUUGUUUAAUUGAGGGAAGCAGGAUAUAAUUAUGUCAUGGCACCCAGUCUGGGACCCAGCAGUCUAAACACUGUACAAGGACUUUUAUCCAGUUGUUUUGGAUCCACUGUGAGCCCUGUGCCCAUGCGUGUGAUUUUUGGUAUGGUCUAUUUCAUCAUGAUAUUGUCACCUCAGUUUGUGCAAGUAAAAGUAAAGUUUUUACAUUUUAAUAGCCAGUUAACUUUUGAGAUUGAUGUAUAUUUUUACAUCUGGUUAGUUUUUGAGAUGAACAAAAAAAAACCCAUGUUUCUCAGAAGACUUUUGAUAUGUCAUUCAACAUUGUGAUCUUAUAAAGUUUUAGAGCUAUAAUGCAAAUGUUAUACGUGUUGUUUACACAGAUUUUGGUAUCCACAGGACAUAAGAAUGAUCUGCUUACUCAUUUUUAAAAAUAAAAUUUAAAAAGAAA